UCCUCUCUGACGAAACAUCAUGACACAAAUCCUACCAAACCUUUCGGUAUUCGCUCGAUUCACAACCUGUACAAAGGGAGCGAUACCGAUAUUUUAUUUCAACAAUAUGCCAAAGCUUUCAAAUCUAGUCAAUCUCAAGAAUUUUUGUCCCAACUUAAAACAGCAGAUUUGCAAGAUGCCUCCAAUGGAUUUGAUUUUAUGUCCAAAGUUUUUUGGUGGAUGGAACAGGAUUUAAACAAAAAAUUACCCACGGGGUAUGAAUUUGCAGAUAGUAAUGAUAAUUGGAGAAUAGAUGUUUCUGCUCAAGAUAAUUACACGAGUUGGUUGCUUCGGCAUUACAAUGUUGAAAGUACCAACAGAAAAAGUGUGCCUUAUUUAGCCAUUAAUUUGAUCUUGGCUAAACAAAUGGGUUGGGUUGUAGAAACAACUACCAAUGUGUUUGCAGUGGGACCGAAUUUACUCAUGGAGCUUCCAUACGGUACUACUAGUGUAAAACCAGAUCCCGCGACCUGUCUCAAUGCAAAAUUUACUUUUACUCAACCCAUUCAUGUCGUAGACGGAUUGCUGUAUCUUUGCUCCACGUUUAGUUGGCGCUUUGUAAAUUUAAAUGAAGCCUUUGACAAAGCAAUUCAUAAACCCUAUGAAAUGCCAAAAACAGUGUUCAAUGUGUUCAAACCCUGGAUGACUAACCUUUCCUUAUGGAAUAUGGAACUUGGACUCGCCUGGAACGAUUACUUUAUCGACUUGCCUGUGUCUCCCCAUUAUUGGAAACCCAGAACUCUGAGUGUGACUUUGUUAAGAGGAGUAAAAAUUGUGGAUAUGGUAUCUCAUGGAGAUUACUCAGGGGAGCUGGGAAUUGAUAUGAGCUCCAUAACUCGCAACAAACUUUAUACGGUGGCAUUAGAGUGGUACCAAAAGGAUGAGUGGCUGUUUAACCGUUCUAAAUUUUCAGUGGAAGGACUGGGUUUACAAGUUCAUCAUUUGCGGGUUGAAAAACAUACUCAUGAGCAAAACAAAACCCAUUUGAUUUAUUACCACACCUUAACUAUUCAAUUCACCAAAACUUCAAGUAGCAAUGUCACAUUAAGCAUCAAGUUUGAAAUAGGGUUUCCACUGCCUGCAAAAUAUUCAGGUGCUUUGAAAGACAACACUUUUUUAGUGCUGUAUGGUGUGGAUGGACAUGUAGAACAGGUACCCGAUGUGUAUGACGAUCACCCGGUCAUUCCUUCUUCUCACACAACCACCAAAACAACGACUACCAGUACGGGGGACAAGAAAGCUUCCACACAUCCUAAAUCUCAUGGAACAGCCAAUUUACGCCCUCUGUUUUUGUCAUGCAAUUUAACCAAAAGCAUUGAUGGAAAAAGAACCAUCAUGAAAUCU